GUCCCGGCCCAUCCCGGAGACACGUUGACAGCAGGUGAGGAGGCUGCAAGGAUCCCGGGGACAGAGGCCAGACCCCUUCCCCGCCCUGGGCACGAGGACAGCCACAGAGGAGGGUGCUGGGCAGGGAGGCUCAGGGCUGCUGCAGAAGGCGCCAGGCACAGGGCACAGUGGGGCCUCAGAGGCGAUGGGGCCUGGUGGGUGGGGUGGGGCUGAGGGUGUCCCUGGCAGGGGCAUGGCCCAGCAAAGGUGUGGUGACAGGGAAUCGCGGUACGGCCUGGGGAGCUCUAUCUGUCUCUCCCUGUCUCUCCCUGUCUCCCUCCAUCUCUCUUUCUCUCCCCCUCUCUCCCUCUCUGCCUAGCUCUGUCUCUAUAUUUAUCUCUCUCUGUCUCUAUCUCUCUCUCUGUGUCUUUCCUCCCCCCACGGCACCCCCACCCCACAGCCCCUAACCCAGAGCCGGGGUCCAAAGGGCUCCCUGGCUGCAUCCCCCAGACCUGUGUGGGUCGGGAUGGGGGUGGGGUGGGGGUGCUCUGAGACCCUCCAUAACUGGGCCGGGCUCCCGGUGCCCAUUUCUCCCUCCCCUCGGAGGGCACAGGCCUGGACUGGAGCAGGACCCCCAGGCUCUUCUCAGAAGCAGCUGGCUGCACACGCCUGUGUUAGCAUCUCCGCAGAGGCCCCGGCCCUGCAACCUGUCCCCAGCGACCCCAUGCCUGCUUUGAGGCUGCAGAGCAGAGCCGUGCGGACCCUCCUGUGCCAGGGCCCCAGGGCUUAGCCUCUGCUUGGGCCAGAGCCUGCAGGCACGGUCAGCGCCUCCCCCGCCUUCCCACACCCUCCCAGCUGCCGGGUGGCCCCCAAACAUCUUCCCUCCUCCCUUCUCCCCCCCGCCAGCACAGGACAGUGUCCUCAGGGCCACCACUGCACACCACCCAGCAGGCCCCCUAGGGUGGGGGAUUUAGCAGGAGUGUGGCCCAGGCCCUGUGGGCAGGAGGCCCCCAGCGGGGCCCCUGAUGGUGGGGGGAGGAAGCCCCUGCCCACGUGAGCCCACUGCUGGCCUCUGCCACCUCACACCUCACCGUGCAGGGCCUGUGAGUCAGUGCCCGUGCCACCACCAGUCUGCCCAUCCAGCCUGGAGGAGGGCAGGGCCUGGGCGCGCCCAGCCCCGCCCUGUCAACCAUCACUAUCUUCCCAACGCCCCUCUUACAGAGAGGCGGUGAGACGCAGGGCUGGCCAUCCCCGGGAAGGGAGGCCCCCACGCUGCCUGGGGGCCUGUCUGGCUGCACUGGGGGACCCGUGCACUGCCGGGCUCUGUCGCCUCUUACCAGGGCCCUCCCUGCCCGCCCGGGAGCCAGCCAGCAUGUUCGGGCUCUGGAGAACCUUCAACAGCGUCGUUUUCUACCUCAGCCUGGCCGUCGGCCUCGGAGGCCUGGUGGGCAACGGGCUCGUCCUCUGGCACCUCGGCUUGCACAUCAAGAAGGGCCCCUUCUCCGUGUACAUCCUCCACCUGGCCGCUGCGGACUUCCUGUUCCUCGCCUGCCAGGUGGGCUUCUCCGUCGUGCAGGCCGCCCUGGGCGCCCAGGACACCCUCUACUUCGCAGUCGCCUUCACCGGGUUCUCCGUGGGGCUCUGGCUGCUGGCGGCCUUCAGCGCCGAGCGCUGCCUCUCUGCAGUCUUCCCCUCCGGCUGCCAGCGCUGCCGCCCCAGACACACAGCGGGCGUCGUCUGCGGCCUGGUCUGGGCCCUGAGCCCGCCGGCCGUGCUGCUGACCGGCAACGCCUGCGGCCUGCUGCGCAGUAGCGCGCGCCCCCUGACCUGCCUGCGGUACCACUCGGCCAGCGUCGUGUGGCUGCUGUCCCUGGUCUGCGCGGCCUGCGUGGCCGGACUCGUCCUGUUCGUCUGGGUGGCCUGCUGUUCCCAGCGCCAGCGCCCCAAGUUCUACGGCAUCGUCCUGGGCUCUGUGCUGCUGCUGCUCUUCUGCGGCCUGCCCUUCGUCCUCUACUGGAGCCUGCGGCCCCUCCUGAACCUCCUGCUGCCCGUGUUCCCCCCGCUGGCCGCCUUCCUGGCCUGCGUCCACAGCAGCUCCAGGCCGCUCAUCUACUUCACGGUGGGCCGGCAGCCCGGCAGGCGGGAGCCGCUGCGCGCGGUUCUCCAGAGGGCCCUCGGGGAGGAGGCCGCGCUGGGGGCCGCGUCCCUGCCCAUGGGCCUCAUGUAGGGGUGGCUGCCCGCACCCCACCCCUCGCCAGACCCUGCCCAGGACUCUGUGAUCCCCGCUACCCGCGGCGCACUCGCGCUGGGGACCCAAGGGCUGAGGACAGAGUGACCACUGUGGUCCCCCAAGGCCCAAACAGGGCUAAGGCCGCACCGCUGAUUGGUCCCCGAAGGAGCCCAAGGGGCCGCCCGGGUAACCACCCACUCCCCGCCUUCCCAACAGUCUCCUCACGGGCCACCAGAUGGUGCCACUUCCUCACCUAAUGCCCCCAAAAGCUGGCUGCCAAAGGGGGUUCCGGGGGAGGCUGGUGCCACGCGCCCUCCCUGCCCCUUCCAGCCCCAUCGCCCUCCGACACCUGCUGCCAGGAAGGCGCUCCCGCCCCCAACCCCGUCCCUAACGUCCCCUCCGCCCAGGAAUCCGCGGCUCCCUGCCGCCCGCCCCGUCCCUGCACCCCCCGCCCAGCCGGGGUUUGUCCCGCGGGCGGAGAAAGGGAAGCCGGAGAGGGGACGGCGGGAACCCCAGCCAGAUGCUUCAGCCUUCAGAGCACACGUCCCCUUGUGUGGUUUCUGAUGAUCAAAACACCAGCUCCCGGUCACUGUCAAGACGUCCCAGCCCCGCAGACAAUGCUGAAAAGACAAAUUACCAAAACUGUGGAUCCGGAGGGAGACCUGGGCCCAAGUCCCCACCUCCCCCCCCCGGUCUUGUUUAUGUUUUUAAUGGAGACUCACAGACAUUCCAAGUUUUACCAAAAAUGGAGACAUUCUAGACGUGCCGUGUGGAACCCGUGACAACAGCAUUUUACAAUCACAGAAUCGCUUUUAAGAGUGGUGAGAUUUUUUUUUUUUACUAGAAAAGUUUUGUGCUGUCAUGACGGGAGCUCUGGAGCACCCAGAAGCAGGAAGAAGGAAAGCCCGCCUGUCGCCACCCCAACCGCCUUCUUUACGGCUUCCUGCCCUCCCGGGGUUCUGGCCCCACCAGCCCCCCUUACACCGGAUGAUUCCAACAGAGGGAGGCAAGGGCCCCUCAGGCCAAAGGCCAGCUCGGGAGGGGGAAGGACCCCGAGCCCUGGUAGGUGGAGGAGGCUUGGAUUUGGGGGGCAGGAGGGACUGUCCAUUCCUGUGUCCCUUCUGGCCAGACCCCAAGGAGGGGUGUGGUCUCCUUCUUGGGAGGCCUGGAAAUGGGAUCAGGGCGGGAAGCAGUCACCCAGGUGGGGUGCCCCAGCAUCACCCCAUCCUCCCAGCCCCAGGAAAUGGCUGCUGCGGGGCAGCCAUCUGCGUACCGGUGGGGGCAGAGGGCAGCCGGGUGUACCCGGUCUAGACAGGUGGGGAGUGUGGGGACCUCUGGCCCCACAGCCUGCUGCUGGGGUGUGGUACACCAGCCUGAGCUCCAAAGACCUGGCGAGUGUCCCAGGUCCCAGAGAAGCACGCGGUCAGCUGAAGGGACAGAGCUGUCACCAGGCUGGUCUCUCGGUCACCUGGCAGCGAGAGACCCUUCUGCAUAAGGCGUGGAGGAAAUUCUCCAUCUGGAUCCCAGGGGACACUGAGGCAAGGCAGCCGGGCCGCAGAAGAGGGUGGACCGUUUCUGCCCGCCCAUCCUGACCUUUAAGGCCAACGGCGCCACCUCUCCCGUGUCUGUUUCCGGGUAGAGCUCCAGCUGUCCCCAGCAGCCCUGUCCUCAGCUCGCCCACCGCGCUGGCUGCGGGCGUCCUCACCCUUGGCAGGUCCUGCCCAGCCAUCAGGGUCUGCCCUUGCGUGGUCUGUCCUGUGAGCCAGCAGCUCCCUGGCAGUGCGCAGUGGCGUCAGCUCCUCUGGUGGAGCUGCCUCGGCCGAGCACCCAAGGUGGCCACCUGCCCGGAGCAGCCUGGGCCCCCUCCGCAGGCUUCAUUUCUUACAUUCCUGUCUGCUCGCCUGUCUGUGCCCAUGUCUCUCCAGAAGGGGAGCUCCUUGAGGGCAAGGGGCCUGGUGGCUCUCCCACCACUGCCUCCCUGCUGCUGAGGACCCGAGGGGCCGGGAGCAGGGGCUUGACAAGCACUUGCUGAACAGAUGGGUGGAUGGGUGAAUGGGGACUGCACUGAUGCUGGGGUCAAACGAAUCAGCGAUAUGGCCGAAUCAGAGUGCAACACCACAGAAUCACACCAGGCUGCUCCUGGGCCCUGGAACCGUCUGGACCAGCCCGAGUCCUGACCCCCGACCUGAAGCCUGGCCAGGCUGUCAGAUUUGGGAGGGCCCAGGUUGCUCAGUGCAGAGUGCAGCCACCCCAGGCCCCUCGCCCUCCCUUGACCAUACUCUCCCUGUUAAGCCAACGAGUAUCGUUAGAGCCAACUCCAUCCUGGGCACUGGGUGGGAGCUUGGGAUGUGGAUGCACCACGGUGUGGCCUCUGGCCCCGAGGAGCUUGGUGUCUGGAGAAGGGACAGACACAGUGACGCAGCUGGAAGACAGGGUGUCCGGGUGUGCACAGAGGUUUGCAGACUUAGGGAGCGUCACUGUUCCCAUUUGCCCUUGACAUCCCAGUUUAUGUGUUAGGGAAGCAUGGGGGAGGGGCACAUAUUCCUACUUGGAAAGCAGGGGAGGCUUCCAGGAGGAGAGGGUGCCUGUCUGAGCCUCGCAAAGGUGGUGGUUGGGGGGAAGGGCUGCCACCGUGGGGAAAGUAAGGAAGGUCUAGGACACAGGCACCUGCUGAGAAGGAGAGAGAGAUGGGGAUCCCCACAGGAGGCUGCUGGCAGCUGGGCCCUGGGACAGCAUGCACCAGACCUGGGGGGACAAGGGACACAAGGCACACGUGUGGCCUCCCUCCCAGGUCUGCCUUUCCUGUGGUUCCUCUCAAAUUAAAUGUGGCUCGUGUGAAACAGUGGUCAAGGUCCGGUCAGUUUGGUUCUCUUUUUCCCAUAUGGAUAUCCAGUCAUUCUAGAAACAUUUGCUGAAAAGACAUUGACACCUUCAUUGUAAAUCAAUUGACUUCAGCACUUGAAAGGUGUCAUUACAUGUUAUUUGGCUCCCAUCAUUUCAGAUGAUAAUAAGUCAGAUUUCAUUUUUAUCCUCGAUUCCCUCAAUGUAGUGUAUCUUUUUUCCUUUGGGUGCAUUUGAA